AUGGAUACUCCGUCUUCUAUUAGCGUAGCCUCCAGUAGUAGUGAUAGUAGCGUUGUGCACAGCGGUCAAUCGACUUCAUUGCUCUUAGCCAAGACAUGCGAACUGUCAGGGCAGCCAGAAGGCAGUUAUAGCAAACGGGAUCAAGCCCAACCCGACCUGUGUACUCUCGUUAAGAAAGGUUUGGGGCUUGCGCGAUCGGCUGACUGUCCUGGCCUUUCUAUCCAGAUACCUCCAGAUGCGCCACUCCCACGUUACCAGAUGACGGCGGCGUUCCCUACGCCCGCUGCGGUGCACUCGUCUGCAUCGAGAGAGUGCACCGAUGAGGUGAAAGGAGGGUAUGACAACGGAAUCAAAAAGGGGGAUCAGAAGGCUCUCGACGAGGAGGCCACUGUGAUGGACGCCAUCGUGGAGCGGUAUCGAGAACUACAGGCGGAGUGGUAUCGAUGGUGCCUUUACGGACGCCAGCCCCCUCUUCUUUCCCCCUCUUUAUUACAGGAAAAGUACGCAUCGGGAGAGGUUGAGGGGGAAUUUUCUGCCUCGGAUGAGGAGCCGUUCAUCGCCGCGCGCUCUCAAUACCAUCCGGCGACCGUGACCCCUGCUCAUCAGGCACGUUGUGAUGCCCAUCACGGAGAUCAGGCUCAGCGGUUUGGUCGCGGUGAGUUCCCUCGCACAAAGGAUGGAAAGAUACGUCGGUUCGGGCGGCAGUGGGGAAUUAAAGGGCGACGGUGGCUGUCAAGACUGUUCAGGCAUAGCGCACAAAUUGGCUCCAUAGAUCCUGACAAUGAUAACGACUGCAUGCUUUCUUUACGUUCAUCUGCCAACUUCAUGAGCUCCGCUCGUGAGGGGUGCCCGGCUCAGACGUCCUCGCUGGCUCUCUCCUCAACGAGAAAUGUCCCUAAUUCCAAAAGAAAGCCGAAUAGCGGGGAUCGGGAUAAUCAUUUGAUCCAGACAAACCCUCCUUUUAACAGUGCGUGUGUCCGGACGAGGAGGCCUAAUCCUUCCUGGGUCUCUUUUGCCGAAGGGGAAGGUGAUCCACAGGGGCAUGCCAGCCGACUCAGUUUUUCCUGGGUACAGCAUCUCGCGCCGCUGCGUUCAUUGGUCUCCGCCGCGAGAAGCACAGGUGCUAGGCGCCUGGAGGCCUGCCGUCGUUCCUUAACAUCUCGCAUCUCAGUGCGCAGCGGUGAGUUUAAAUCUACCCUGCCCAGAUUACGAAGUCUUUCAGGGAGGUGGAGGGCCGGGGUGGUUAUAGGGGCAGCGGCGCCUAGCGUGGAGGUGACCUCCCCACUGGUUUCAAGACGUGUACGGGAGUUGAUCCCUUCCGCUUGGGAGCUUCCGCUUCCGUGCGCAUCGUCCACCACCACCCCAUCGAACGGCAGCCUACACCAACGGACAACUGGUCAAGCGUUGGGGGAUUCUUCAGUCCACCUGCAACACCCUUGCCCAAGCAGUCGAGUCGACAUCGAAGGCGGUGGUGGUUCUGUGGACUCGCGGUGGGGCACUAUCAAUGAGGUCGUGCCUGGUGUUGUACAGGUCCACGCGUCCCGUGAGAUGAACGAGGGCUAUCAAGAUAUCCGUAGGCCAAACCUCAAGAGAGACCCGGAUCCAGUUGGAUCCAACUUUUCCAGCUUUCAUUAUCACUUGAAGAAGGACUGUGUGAAGGGUGAUGAAGCCAUAAACAGUGAACAGCCUCUUUCUUUGAGCUCAGGCAUGGCUGCGCAUCCCGCAGUCGCAGCGGAAUCCAUCGUGCCCUCGUCCCCGGCGACUUUUUCAUCCUCUACAUCCUCAAAAGAGCUACAGGAGGCAUUUUUUCGGACCAUGCCCCCGCUCGGGAAUUCUGCCCAUGCGGGAACAUCACCACGACUUGACUCCUCUGCCGGUACCACAGCUGCAGGCAGUCCUGAUAAAUCUGAAGUGAAUGCUCACCAGGAGUCCUAUCCACUGCGGCGAUGGACACGGCUUCCGGAAAGCUUUGAAGGUCAAAAACAGCCCCUGAGUGAUAGCCUCAUCAAAGCCGCGACGCGGACGUCCCGGGAUGCUGCUAUACGGCGUCUUUAUGAUGAGGUCAUGGAGGAGGUGUGUGAGGAGAUGGUGCGGCACGCGGUGGGGAAGGAGCUGAGCCUGAUACGCGGCGUGGCGGAGCGUGCGCUAUCGGAAUGGAUCCUACGCAACACACUAGAUUGCCUCUCCGUGAUAGAGGAGGAGCAGCAGUCACACCCAGAGGGAUUCCGACUGAGGUUUUCUGGAGUCCUGGACCACAUUCGCUCCCGCGUGCCGGUCUCGCUUACCGCGUUGGAGCUGAAUGAGGAGGAUAAAGGCGUGCUCGCCAGGAUUGGAGGUCGCGGCCAUGACCAAGCGAUCGCGAUUCAGCCGCCGAGAGACGAGUCGCAGGCGGUGGUAGGCUUCAGCCCCAUGACCUACGCCCAGCUGGCGACGCUGCGGCCCGGGGUGUGGCUUAACGAUCAGGUCAUCAACAACUACUUCGCGCUGGUCUGUUGGGAGGUGAACCAGUAUGAAGGGGUGGAGCGGGUGGCAUCGCUUGGGACGCACUUCUUCGCCAAAGUGGACUCCGAGUUGUCUGGUCUCAGGAGGACGGCGUCGCCGCCAAAGGAAAGGGGGGGGCGCUCUACGGAUGCGGCGACCGAGCCUUCCCUUCCACAUCUUCCACCCAACAGCCCAAUCCUACGCUGGCUACGGCGUCGAAGCCAUCUUCUCCUCCCCUACGCGAGCCGCCCGGUGGAGGGGUCCAAGGAAGGGGCCGAAUCCAGCGCGGCUCCGACAACGACGGUGCACACCUUGCUUAUUCCCGUCAACCUUUCGGAUCAGCACUGGGUUUUGGUGGUCUUUCGGAAGGACCUCGAUACGUGGCAUUAUUACGAUAGCAUGUGGGCUCCACGGGGCGCCGCGCGGGGACAGCGCAUCCUGCGCGUCUUGGAGCACGCCCUAGCGGAGUGUCGUCGGCAUCUUUGCCCGGCACCCCCCCCGCCCGGAGUGGGCGGGGGGGAUGCCUCCGCGCGGCGCGCGAGCCGAUAUGUGGUCGCGCAGCCCUACAUCUCGCCACCACCUAGAUCCGGGGCUGGGGAUCCCGGGAUGUUUCCAACCAAAAGAAGGCGAAGUCGGCUUGAUACCUUGUAUCCUUAUGGAAGCCUCGAGGCCUUGAGGGCCUCGGAAUCCGAGUACAAGCGACGACGCCGUCAACUCUCAGAGAAAAAUAUUCAAACAGCAGAGGUGGAUGACGUGCCUGAAGCUCUUGCGUGUGCGCAAAGUGAGGCCGAGCAGGAGGAAGCGGUGUGGUUUCUUGGUGGGUUUGAUCUCAUGCCGCAGCAGACAAACAGCGAUGACUGCGGUGUUUUUGUUUGCGCUGCGGCGUGGUGUGGGGCGCAGAGCGUAGCGGUGAGCUUCGAACAGGAUGUCCGGAUGCUGCGGGAUGUCAUUGCAUUGGAGCUGUGGUCAAUGAAAACGCUUCGUCGACUGCCCACGGCAGACUCAUCUUCUUCAAUGGAUGUUAGUGUGUUUAAUUCCACUUUGUGA